CAUAACAGGACAUGAUCACAACCAGGGAUGAACACGAGGUAACGAGGUGGGCGUGGCACACAUUAGGAUCGGACGGAGCUGGGCGUGACACAGACAGCCCAUGACAUGAUUUAAAUUAUAAUUAAAUCCGGACUGGCGACCAGUCGUUUUCCACAGAGACUAAACACCAAUAAUUUCAUGCCCCCCACCCUGAUCUGGAAGUUUUAACUUAUCAUUUUUUCAUGCUUUCAUGCUAUACUUUUGGCUAAAAAAUUCAUGUGGCCUGUAUGUGCCACGUACUUGUCUAUGUGUGGUGUGGGGAAUGUUGGAUGACACUAUCAUUUAUUCCAAUAUUUUUCAGUUACAAUAUCCCAUGUUAUUUUGGUCAUCACCCGGCCCUAGGUGAUGUCUUUCAAUUAUGGCUUAAACAGUGAAAUUUUUGGUAUGUGUAGCAUUGUGUGUUAUAUAAAGACCGGCUGGUCACUCUGAAGAUGUUUUCUCACCAGCUUGGAUAUUUUUAUAAUAAUCUCCUUCCAUCUCUCUCUCUCAAUCUGUUUUUCUGAAGUCUAACUCCAAUGACUUGCUUGCACUCUACACGGUUGCUAUGGGAACCAACAUCAUCCCAGCAGCCACACAAGAAGUUGGCAUUGUGAAUAUUUUGGUGACCUGGGAACGUCCCCCAAGUCAGGGAGUCAGGGCAGUUCACCCAUUGGAGGGGGCAAGGUCAUAUGGUGUGUCAGGCGGUAUAAAAGCCGUGAGUGUGCUGGCGGGCAUCCAGGGAGCAUGUAGGAGCCUGACUGUGGUCCCCAGUGAGAGACCUGCCACCACAACUCCCCCGAGCUGGGGGGCCACACUGUGUGGGAAUGGCGAUGGAGGAGACGGGCUGCCACGGCGACAGCCCACACUGCUGUGCAGGCGAGCACGGUGCCCUGGAACACCUCACCAUGGAGGCUCUGGUCAUAAUCCCGGUACUGUCGCUGGGAGCGGAUGUGCUGCCCGAGUACAAGCUGCAGGCUCCUCGCAUCCACAAGUGGACCAUCCUGCACUACAGCCCCUUUAAGGCAGUGUGGGACUGGAUCAUCCUGCUACUGGUAAUUUACACGGCUGUCUUCACGCCCUACUCAGCUGCCUUCCUCCUCAACGAGCAGGAGGACGAGCGCCGGCGCACCUGCGGCUACACCUGUAACCCGCUUAAUGUAGUGGACCUAGUGGUGGACGUCAUGUUCAUCGUGGACAUCCUCAUCAACUUCCGCACCACCUACGUCAACCACAACGACGAGGUUGUGAGCCAACCGGGCCGCAUCGCCCAGCACUACUUCAAAGGCUGGUUCCUCAUCGACAUGGUGGCCGCCAUCCCCUUCGAUCUGCUCAUCUUCUGCUCUGGCUCCGAUGAGGUGUGUGAGAUGGGAAUGCCCCAGACCACGACCCUGAUUGGCCUGCUGAAGACGGCCCGCCUCUUGCGGCUGGUGCGUGUGGCACGGAAGCUGGACCGCUACUCAGAGUAUGGUGCCGCCGUGCUAUUCCUGCUCAUGUGCACCUUCGCCCUGAUCGCCCACUGGCUGGCCUGCAUCUGGUACGCCAUCGGCAACGUGGAGCGCGCGGGGGCCUCACGUGUUGGAGCCAUGAAGAUUGGCUGGCUGGACAACCUGGCUGACCAGAUCGGCAAGCACUACAACGACAGUGACGUGAGCUCCGGUCCAUCCAUCAAAGACAAGUACGUGACCGCGCUGUACUUCACCUUCAGCAGCCUGACCAGCGUUGGCUUUGGCAACGUGUCACCCAACACCAACCCCGAGAAGAUCUUCUCCAUCUGCGUCAUGCUCAUUGGAUCCCUAAUGUAUGCCAGCAUCUUUGGCAACGUGUCUGCCAUCAUCCAGCGUCUUUACUCUGGAACAGCCCGCUACCACACGCAGAUGCUUCGGGUCAAGGAGUUCAUCCGCUUCCACCAGAUCCCUGGGGGCCUGCGCCAGCGUCUUGAGGAGUACUUCCAGCAUGCCUGGUCCUACACCAACGGCAUCGACAUGAAUGCUGUGCUGAUGACCCCCACCCCCCAGGUCUUGAAGGGCUUCCCCGAGUGCCUGCAGGCCGACAUCUGCCUGCACCUGAACCGCUCACUCCUGCAGCACUGCAAGGCCUUCCGGGGGGCCAGCAAGGGCUGCCUGCGGGCGCUUGCCAUGCGCUUCAAGACCACGCACGCCCCACCCGGUGACACACUCGUGCACUACGGUGACGUGCUCACCGCCCUCUACUUCAUCUCCCGUGGCUCCAUCGAGAUCCUGCGCGAAAAUGUGGUGGUGGCCAUCUUGGGCAAGAAUGACAUCUUUGGCGAAACCAUCGGUCUGUACGCACGGCCCGGCAAGGCCAGCGCAGAUGUGCGUGCCCUCACCUACUGCGACCUGCACAAGAUCCAGCGGGACGACCUGCUCGAGGUGCUGGACAUGUACCCUGACUUCUCCAACAACUUCUGGAGUAACCUGGAGAUCACCUUCAACCUGCGAGAUGCAGAUCGCGUUAUCCAGCCUGUCCCCAGUGAAGAAUCCGACUGUGGGUACCGUCGGCUCCGGCGCCGACAGAACUCCUUGCAUCGGCGCAACCAACCCGAUGGGAUGGACCGGGAGGAUGUAUACCCCAACCAGACCUACCCCUCCCUGGGAAACCACCGGGGGGCGGAACCACAGCCACACUGGGAGGAGCGGUGCAGCAGCGGCAGCCCCUGCUCCCAGUCCAGUGAGGAAGAGAUAAAGACCCCAGGCCGGGGCAAAAUGGAGCUCUACCCCCCGUCGGUGGUCAGCCUGCUGCCCCCUGGAGGCUCCCCCCAGGAAAGAGGCCAUCCUUACACAGCACCGCUCAGUGCGUCUAGCCUGUAUGAUUACUGGCCUGAACGUCGGUCCAGUCACUUUCCAGAGAGCCCACAGCCCCCUCGCCUCCCACCCCCCCACACGGAGGACCGGUCCAGUGAGCUGGAGUCCCGCCUGGAGCUGCUGCAGUCCCAGCUGAACAGGCUCGAGACACGAAUGAUGGCCGACAUCAGCGUGAUCCUGCAGCUGCUGCAGCAUCAGAUGACCCCUGUGCCUCCUGCCUACAGCUCCGUGUCCCCUGGCACCCAUGUACUGCACCUGUCUGCCCGGUACGGCGGUGGCACACAGGCGCUGCAUGGGGCAGCCCCCGUCAUAUCUGUGUCCACAGAGGGCCUGGCCUCCCCACUGCAGAGCCCCGACUCAGACAGCUUCCCCCACAAGUCCAGGGACUCCCUUUCCAGUGGCGUUCACCUUGCUGUCGCCCCGGAAGACACCAUGUCGGCAUCCCCCGAGACGGAGCUCGGCCUUGGACUUUGCAGUGGCCUGCGGUUUCCCUCGCUCCCUGAGAACCUGCAGGCCCCCCCAGGGCUGGCUGACAUCCAGAGGCGUGUCUCAGAUCCCAUGCUGCCUGCUAGCUAGAGUCCCCCCCUCUCCCAACUAUCCAUGUACCCCCCACCCCCCAGACUGAAAUAUGCCAGUCUGGUCCCUCCCCACCUCUCAGGUGUCAGCAGCAUCUCUGUCCCUCAGGCUAAGGCAGGAAACCCUGGGCGGGCAGACAUGGUAGUCUCCGCCCCCCCCCCCGGGACAGGCUGCCAGGAGUUACCACCCCUCCCCGAACAGCAUGGAGAGCAGCUCCUUAGCCGUCAGCACCUGUUCCCAUCGCAUCUCCCUGUCAGGGCCGUGACUCCUAAGCCAUGUUGUCAGAUGGUUGUGUUGUUAAAAUAACAGCCCAGCUGGGUUUGUCAGGGUCGCCCAUCGGAAUGCAGCAUUCUGGGAAACACCCACACGACCCUGAGCCCUGCGAGCGCCUGUCCGUAUGUGUAUGUUGUACAUGCACAUGUUGGUAAUACCUCCAUGUGAAUAACGGUCAUUUCAAACGUGUGUUUCCCUUGUAAAUUGAAUCCAGAUUCGGCGACUAGAGUUGGCCGCCUUUCCUUGGUCUAUGGGUCUUGAUGCGGAUAUGUUCAGCCUCUUCACACCAAGCUGGCACCAACAGACACCACUGUGGGGAAGCGUGUAGCACAUGAGACUAGCCGCCUGAAGCCCUUGUCGUCACUGAUGGCACCACACACAGCACUCUCAGAAGAAUUAUCAUUUGUGAGGUUUAAGAAUGUUUCGUAAAACACAAGUACAUUUUUUUGGCUUAUUUAUAACACAAUACAGAAAAGCAAUGAUGAUAA